AUGAAUCCAGCUGUUUCCAACAUUGUCAUCAUGCUUGUGAUGAUGCAAGUCGCUAAGAAAUUAGAUUUUGAAGACCCAGAUGUCUUAUUCUACGCUAGAGCUGCAUACAUUACUUGUCAAGUUUUGGCAUUUUUAGUUUAUUUCUUUGUUAGAGCUAAAAUUAAUGCUAAGAAUGAUUUGACUACUUUGAAAUAUGUUGAACCAGCUAACCCAAUGUCUGGACAAACUGAACCAAGAGCUAUUGUUACCACUGUUAAAGAAUACGAUUUGCAACAAGUUAACCAACAAAUCAAAGGUAUGUUCACUGGUUUGGCUAUGAUGGGUUUCAUGCACAUUUACAUGAAAUACACCAACCCAUUGGUUAUGCAAAGUAUUUCUUCUUUAAAGGGUGCUUUGGAAUCAAACAUUGUUAAGAUUCACUUGUUUGGUACUCCAGCCACUGGUGAUUUGAAAAGACCAUUCAAGGCUGCUCCAGGUUUCUUGGAAGCUUUAACUGGUGCUGGUGGUGUUCAAACUGACAAAGCUUCUGUUGAAGCUGCUGAAGUCGCAGGUGCCGGUGGUAUUAAACAAGAUUAG